AUGGAUCUGUACUGCGUGACCGAAACUUCGUUUGCAAAACUUUCAGUGAUCAACUUUUUCCCCAAUUGGGGAUUUGGGGAAAUCGGCGUGAAAAAGGCCCUAACGUCUUUGGCGGCCAACGGAGUUGAGUUGUCGCGAGAUCAGUGGAUCAAAGACGCCAUCGAAGCGGAAAAGGCAGGUUCCGUGCUCACCUGUCAAGCAAUCACCAAACACGUAAUCGGAAUCGAUGUUGAAGAAGAAGACAAGAAAGACACUUGGCUGGAAGACGCUGACCAAUGCGCCACAGAAGGUGCAAUCGAAUGCGCCCGAGCCGUGUACGCCCACGCUCUAUCAGUCUUCCCGACGAAGAAGAGUAUUUGGACGAGAGCAGCUUACUUCGAGAAGCAACACGGAACCCGGGAAACCCUGGAACUAUUGCUCGACAAAGCAGUGGAAAGUUGUCCGAAGGCUGAAGUGCUUUGGUUGAUGGGGGCCAAGUCCAAGUGGAUGGCUGGGGAUGUUCAGGCGGCCAGGAGUCAGUUGUCGCGAGCAUUCAGGGCUAAUCCAAACGCGGAAGAGAUCUGGCUUGCGGCUGUCAAGUUGGAGAGCGAGAAUAACGAGUAUGACCGAGCGAGGAAGCUGCUUUUUAAAGCCCGCACAUCCGCCCCGACUGCCCGUGUAUUGAUGAAAUCUGCAAAAUUGGAGUGGUCACUGGGAAACCUCGACGGUGCGCUCGAGUUGGUGGAAGAAGGUCUGAAGCAGUUUCCAGAUUUCCCGAAAUUGCACAUGAUGCGGGGACAGAUUCACUAUUGUCAGAAAAACCUUGCUGGUGCGAGAGAAGCUUACGGAGAAGCUGUGAAGAAAUGCACGACGUGUGUGCCGUUGUGGUUGCUGUCAUCGAGACUGGAGGAAUCCUGCGGAAAUUUGACCAAGGCACGAUCGAUAAUUGAGAAAGCGAGAUUGCGAAACCCGCAAAAUCCUGAACUGUGGUUGGAAGCCGUUCGAAUCGAACGAAGAGCCGGAUUUACUGAUAUCGCUAAUGCUAUGAUGGCACGAGCCAUGCAAGAAUGCCCUAAUUCUGGAUUAUUGUGGGCGGAAGCGAUUUUCAUGGAGCCUCGUCCGCAGAGAAAGACGAAAAGCGUUGAUGCCAUGAAGAAAUGUGAUCACGAUCCUCAUGUACUGCUUGCUGUUUCCAAGUUGUUUUGGGCAGAGCGUGCGAUCACGAAAUGCCGAGAGUGGUUCGGAAGAGUUGUCAAGUUGGACCCGGAUUUCGGCGAUGCAUGGGCUCACUGGUACGCAUUCGAACUGCAGCACGGGAAUUUGGAAUUUCAGGCUGAGGUGAUGAAGCGUUGUCUGGAAGCUGAGCCGAGACAUGGCGAGGAGUGGUGCAAAGUUGCGAAGGACAUGAAGAAUUGGUGUUUGAAACCUAACGAAAUUCUCCCGAUCGUGGCGGGAAAGCUAGUCGCACCUGUUUGAAAAUUUUUAGUUCAAUUUAAUCUAGUUUUUUUUUCAUUCUGUUUUCUGUUGUUGAUAUUUUACCGAUUUUGAAAUGAACGCUCGUGGAUGAACGAAUUGCACCUGAGUUUCACGGAA